AUGAAAAUUGAAGCCCACGAACUAAUGGAGUGGAUAAUUAAUGUUGCCAUAGCUUGUUUGAAUUUCCUGACGAUCUGCCAUAUCUUAUACAGUUUGAAGAGCGCACGAUCCAUUCUCUUGGUUUUUGUUUUGUGCUGUGUGUUAACGGAGUUUGUCCAAUUCCUAGUUGUGAUACCUCACGAUAUCAUCACCUACUUUAAUCCCAAAGCCUUCUAUCCAGAAGAUUCCGUUCAGUAUAUACUAUCAGUUGUUAUUCAGAGUAUCGCUUGGUUUGCUCAGCUCGUGUUCCUUCCUGUGUUUUCUAUUCUUCAUUUCGUGGCGAUAUACUAUCCGAUUCUUUUCCGGAAAUUGUCAUCAGGCAUAUUCACCGCUAUAAUUGGAAGCUGCUAUUUGAUAACAAUCAUCUUAACAAUACCUUUAUUUACAAGCUGCUGUGGUUAUAAAUACUAUCCGGAUGACAGGACUUGGUUUUUCGAUUUCACAAAACCGUACACAUUCGUAUACCGAACUAUAAAUAACGUUCUACAGAUAACAAGCUUAGUUAUCAUGAUUCUAUGUGACGUAGUUAUAAUAUUGAAGUUGAUCAAAAUAAAAAGAUUCAGAAAGAGUAGGAUCACCGUAGCGACUUUAUCUGAAACGGUGAAUACCUUUCCGUCGAAUAAACCUAAACCUGCAAAAAGACCUUGCAAGAAUACCUCAUAUUCUCAAGAAGCUAAUCUAGCUCUGAGGUUCCUUAUACUCAGUGGUUGCUUUCUAUUGGGUACAGCUUCCUAUAACUUCUUCUCUCGAGAAGGGUUCAUGAAUUACAUUGCAAUCAUUACGCGUAAUAUCAACAAAGCAAAAUGGAUAUUCUAUUGGCUAUGCUCAUGUUAUCAAAAAAGGAAGUACCAGUAG